AUGGAAGAAUGGAACACUACGACACAAGCAUUCAUUGCUUACGAUAGGGCACCUCUUCAUUAUGCAGUUCCAGUUGAAGAAUGGUUAAAUAAUAACUAUGCUUAUCAAUGGAUUGGAAGAAGAGGUCCUAUUGAAGGGCCUCCUAGAUCCCCGGACCUAUCUCAUCUUGAUUUAUUCUUCUGGAGCCAGCUAAAAUCUGUUGUUUCUAAGACGCAACCUGACUCCAAGAAUGCCGAGCAAUUUCCAGAGAAACAUUUGCCAAUGAGAGCAGAAGGUGGAGUUUUGAGAACAAUUGGUGAUAUGGGCGCAGUCAUGACUUCUUUAACUCUAGGUUCAAAUGGUAAAAGUACUGUCGCUUCCAGUUCUGGACAACAUGGAAAUGUAGUACAAUAUAUGAAGGAGUACCCAUUAGUAAUGGACACUAAAUUGAAAAUCAUCGAGAUAUUACAGUUUAUUCUUGACGUCCGCCUCGAUUACCGCAUCAGUUGUUUACUGAGCAUAUUCAAACGAGAAUUUGAUGAAUCUGAAAAAGCAACUGCAGUGGACGUCAAUCUGGGACAGAAAAAUAUAGAUUUAGAGCUUAUUGGAACUCAAGCUGAAGGCAUUUUUGGCAGUAGUGAAGAAUGUGCUGUUCUGGAUUUGGACGGUCAUGGAGGAAGAACUUUUCUCAGAGUUUUGUUGCAUUUAACUAUGCAUGAUUAUCCUCCCUUGGUAUCCGGUGCCUUGCAUUUACUUUUUCGGCAUUUCAGUCAACGUCAAGAGGUUUUACAAGCAUUUCGGCAAGUUCAGUUAUUGGUUUCUGACAACGAUGUUGAAUCAUAUAAACAAAUUAAAUCUGAUUUGGAUCUUUUGAGACAGUCUGUAGAGAAAUCUGAGCUGUGGGUUUAUAAAUCUAAAUGUCUGGAAGACCAUACACCCACUGGCAAGAAAAAUAAAGAUGAUGAAGAAGAUAUCAUAAUUGGUAAAACUCAAUUCAAUAGUGUAUUGGAAAAACAAGGUUCUUCAAUCAACUUGGAUAUUGGACCACCUUUACAUCCAGAACAAGCCGAUGAAUACAAAAAAAUUCAACAGAUAUUAAUCAGAAUGAAUAAACUUUGCAUCCAAGGCUCUUCAGCCGGAACCAUAAAGCCUCAAAAACAUGAACAGAGACUUCUCAGGAAUGUUGGAGUCCAUACUGUUGUACUGGAUUUAUUACAAAUACCUUAUGACGAAAAGGAAGAUAUAAGAAUGAAUGAGCUUAUGAGACUUGCUCAUGAGUUUCUACAAAACUUUUGCCUGAAUAACAAGCAAAAUCAAGUUCUACUUCAUAAACAGUUGGAUCUAUUUCUGAAUCCAGGG